CCAGCGCAUCCUUAAUUUGUUUUGAAGUUCUGAAUAAUUGUAUCCUGUAUUUAGGACGAAAUGUAAGGUGACCAAAUCACCUAUGAGAAUAGAAGGUAACUUACAGAUGAGUCCGACAUAGCAAGUUGAAUAGUUGAUGCAGCAGAAUCAUCAUCACCAUGGCAACCUCAUCAGAUAAAUCAGAGUUAUUAGAGAAGAAAAAAGAUCGAAUGGACUUGAACACUGAUGCGGAUUAUGGGACUGGGGAGGCGGAGGCUGAUGACGCUUCCCAAAAUGGGACAACCAGUCGUGACAUCAGACUCCGUGAUGUCAAAUUUGAAAGAGACAGAGAAGAGGUAGCGAAGAGUUACGAGUAUACCGUUGAGGAUGCCGUGGAAUGUAUCGGCUUUGGAGUAUUUCAAUGGAAGUUGAUCUUCAUGUGCGGCAUGUAUAGUGCGUGUGAUGCAUUUGAGAUGCUUCUCCUAGCUGUUCUCUCCCCCGUUAUAAGAUGUGAAUGGCAACUGGAAGAAUGGCAAGUCGCCUUACUCACAACAAUUGUGUUUGUUGGGAUGUUCAUAGGGUCUCCUAUCUAUGGCAGCUGGUCAGACACGUAUGGUCGUUUGCCGGUUUUGGGAAUUUGUGCAUCAUUGAUGUUCUACUUUGGAAUACUUACUGCACUUAGCCCCACCUAUAUUUGGAUUCUCAUACUAAGAGGGAUAGUGGGCUUUGGAUUUGGUGGAGCUGUCCAGUCCUUCACCCUCCUUGCAGAGUACUUACCUCGUCGUGUGAGAGCAAAAGUCUUAAUUUCAUACACGGCAUUUUGGGCUGCUGGUAGCUGUGUAGAGAUCUUUAUGGCUUUCUUAGUCAUUCCUACCCUAGGCUGGCGCUGGCUUGUUGGCUUCUCUGCUGGACCUAUGCUCAUCAUGAUUAUUUUACUCUAUUGGAUGCCAGAGAGUGCUAGAUUCCUGAUGGCGGCAGGGAAAAGAGACAAGGCACUACAAGUCUUACAAAGGAUGGCCAGGGAGAACAAGUCUAAACUUCCUGAUGGUGCAUUGGUAGAGUCACAAAAGCUAAAACGUGGUCACUUCACAGAUCUGUUCAAAGAAUACACAAGUACUACUCUGCCUCUUUGGAUGUUAUGGUUCUGUACAGCUUUCUCUUACUAUGGGGUUAUAUUGGUACAGGCUCAGAUACAUGAGUUUGCGAAAACUUGUGGCACAGCUGAUGUGAUUCCACCAGUUGGUGAUUGUCAUUGUGCACAUUUACUGGAUAGUGCUGCAUAUAAAGCAAUGAUUAUAGCGACAUUGGGAGAAUUCGUAUGCAUUCCAUUCAAUAUAAUAGCAUUAGACUGGAUAGGAAGAAAAAGGUGUAUCUCUAUAAGCCUGUUUUGUGCGUCCAUCUUGUUUUUCUGUAUACUCAUCUGUACACCACCAAUCGGGACUACUAUAUUUAUAUUUGGUAUACGAGGAUUCGCUACAUCAUUGUUCAACUCUGUAUAUAUCUACACAACAGAGGUUUACCCAACUGCAGUGCGAUCUUUAGGUCUAGGGUCUUGUAGUGCAAUGGCGAGGUUAGGGGCAAUGACCACCCCUUUUGUUGCUCAGGUCUUGUUGAAGCAAUCCCUAUUAGGGUCUAUAUGUGUGUAUGGGGUUCUGUGCAUGAUAUGUGCUGUAGUAGCCUGUUUGUUACCCAUAGAGACAAAGAAUAGAAUGCUUCUGCAAACUGGCAAAUAAUUAAAGAUCUUCAAUCUGCAACAAUACAAGCUGCAGUUCAUCUGGAUGGGCUGCGAUCUAAACUGAAAUACUGCAGCUCAACCAGAAUGUCUGCAAUCCAACCAAAAUUUCUGCGGUCCAACCAGUAUUUCUGCGGUCCAACCAGAUUUUUGCAGUCCAGCUAGAAUUUCUGCAGUUUAGCUCUUUGUCAACUACAAUUAAUAAACAUUUUGAAUAAAUCAUUGUAAACAUACUCAUUGAAGGCACAGACCUAUGAUAUACAUGUAUCACAUUACAUCAGUGAAUAACCUAUUUGUCAGAUGUGUAGUUUAUUCCACAUGGGCUUUAGAGGUAUUAAGUUGUUGUCUGUGUAAGCAUCAAGGAGGAUUGCCUCCCAGCAUGCUUUGCUGUGCCGAUUCUUUGACAUCAUGGAGGUCAUGACCUCAUGAUUCACACGUGACAUCUUACAGAAUGGCAUAAAGGACCAAUUUAGUAAUUAUAUUACCAUAUUGUCAUCUCGACUAUGAACUUGGUCUGGAGAUGACCAAUAGGCCUAAUACAUGUAGUAGUAUUAUUACCAAAUUGUUCCUUGCCAGGCAAACGAGGACUGGGAUAGAAUCUUGGUUAUCUGUCCUCUUUAAAAAUCCAUACAGUAUGUCUAGCUGUAUAGUCUCUAAUGUAGUUCAUACAUUAGGCUGGGAAAGUGGUCAUUUUACCAAGAAUUGUGAUUAAUGAUAGAUGAAAAUUAUGAUGAAUACUUUGUGAUAUGUUGUGAUAGAUCUCAUAACAACAAUUAUAGUGUUAACAUUAGUGUUAAAAAUUAUAUUGUUAACAUCUAUAGUGUUAACAAUUAUAGUGUUAACAUUUAUAGUGUUAACAAAUAUAGUGAUAACAAUUGCUAUGGCUUUAUGAGUAUCCAUGACAACAAUUGUGUUUAAAGUACUUUAACUUUAAACACAUCCAAUUACAAACAUACUUAAACAGUUAUGAGUAACUAUACUGAGGCCAUCUCAGAACUGGUGCAGUAAUCUCUAGAUUUCUUAAUAUUUGUUCUUGUUAAUGUAUUUUUCCUGGUUUCAAAUUGUAUUCAGAUUAAUAAGAGUGCUGUAAUUAGAACAAUUGAAAUGAUGAAUUAUUACUAUUAUGGCAAAAUAUUGUAUUAUGCUUCUUUCAGGCUCAACAAAAGAAAUACUCCUGUUCUUAAUUUUUUCAACACACCCCCAUUCAAUAAAAAGUAACUAAACAUAGUUUUGAAGUUUUGAGAUGUUAGAGACUGUGUUUUUGUCUGAGAAACUCAUUCAGGUUUUUGGUUAAAUCUCACAAGUUAUUUUGGUCUAACUCACUGGUUCUUUGAUUGAUCAGCCCAUAACAUGGAUUUAGAAAAUCACUGUCACACUCAAUUCAAUUCAAUUUUUAUUUAUUUAUCUCAUAAUAAAUAAAUUAUCCAACUUUUUCUGGAUGGUGUUCAGCAUUUGAUGUCUGUAACACUUUGCAAUAACUUUCAAGAUGGUGACAAUUUGUUAUGUUAUACCUUGUUGAAAAAGUGCUGUGUGUACAUAAAUCCUGAUGUACUAAUAUACAUUCCACUAUAGUUAUCAUAUCGUAGCCUAGCCUGAAAAAGAAAGCUUACAAAUAAUUUGUUUUGAGCUGAUGUUCAAAUCAUUUUAAAGAGUAUAAAUUAAUAUCUACAUCAAUAGCCUAAUCUGCAAAAGGCUACAAAGCCCAUUUAAAGCAGAUAUAUGAUU